CAGGACAUGGAGGAGGCCGGGGACUGCAUCGGGGAUUUGGAGCGGAGCUAUGGGAAGCUGCUGGGCCGGUUGGCGAAGAAGCCCCGCUACCGUUUUCAGCCAAGACCUAACAACAUGGGCAACUUCGUGGCAGUUGUUUGCCUGGACGCAUUGCAUCCACCCAUGGAGUUCGUGGGUGACUCGUACAAGAUGAAGCAGGUUGCCAAGCACUCGGCGGCUCUGCAGGCUUUGAACUACUUAGAACUGCAGGGUCCGGAGUCCAUUUGCAUUGCAGAGACAAGGUCCGGCUCAGAGAGAGGUGAAGUGCGACGGAGCUGGAUGUACGUGGAGCUCUUGGGAGAAGGCUCCGACGAGACACCACCAGUGGACCGCGAGCCCACCUCCUUGCCAGCGGAGCCGGAGAUCCGGAAUCUGAGCAAUGCCAAAGGCCGCUUGCUGGAGUUCCUGGUGAAGGAGGUUCGUCGAGCGCUUUAUGAGGACGAAGCCAGGUGGGAUUGCGACUAUUCCAUGGAGGAGGCCGGCUUCAAGGUGACUCUGCACCUCAAUGUCAGUGGCUGGGCCGUGGGCACAUUUCAAAGCAGCGCCUUUGUGCGCAAGAAGGAGGCCGAGCAGGACGCGGCCAAGACGGCGCUGCGGCAUUUGCAAAAGACCAAGGCCCGGCGCCCCCAGUCCUUGCCUGCCAACCUGCGCCUGCCCACGGACAUCACAGUCAAUACGUUGCUGGAGCGUUACUUGCCAGAGGGCAUCGAUCAAGAUGACUGUGACAUAAUAUGUGCUGGAGCUGUGGUCGGUGGCGACGUGUGCUUGGGAAGCCUGGGCACAAGCCCGGUACAGUUGGUGGUGCAGAAGCGGCAGGAGUGGUGAUGAGUGGGCGCAGGCUGAGCCACUCUUAGCUGCCGCUCCAGCCAGUUGCAAGACGCCCUCCACUUCUCAGGCUUGGAUCAUGCACCUCAAGCAAGCGCCCCUCUUCGGGGCGUAUGUUUGGGAUGCAUUAUCCAAUCCUUAGAAGCAGUGCGGGUCCCCAAGACUGGGCGCCGGUUUGUGAGGCCGCGAUG